AUGGCAGGGAUGGCGAAGUCUCUCUCUCAUCCGACUCCUCCCACACUGACUAGGAAGCAAGUAUUCUACCUCGGCCUGCUGUGGCUGUUUCAAGCGAUUCCUGCGAUCUCCAAGGAGGACAGCGGUCUUGCCCUUCAAGUUGGGCUGGGAACAUGUUGCCCGUGCGAGCGAGUGAGUCCGUUUGAUCAGACGAAGCGCCAAGUGCUGGAUGCGUUGAGAGUCGGGUAUCGCUUCGUCGACACAGCUGCUCACUACAACAACGAGCGAUCCAUCGGAGAGGCGAUCGAUGAGGCGGUGAGGGCUGUGGGUCUGAGAUCGCCGAUUGACUGCGACCCUAUCGUCGCAUGCUCGCGGCAGGUGGCUUCUAAACUCCUCCAGAAGAGCGACGUCAAAGUUUGCUCCAAGAUAUGGUUUGAUGACAUGGGCUACGACCAGACAAAGAAGGCGUUCGGCUUGUCCUGCUCAAACCUCAAUGUCGACGACUCACUCGAGCUGAUGCUCAUCCACUUCCCGGGAACCAUCGAUACGCUUCAGAGCCCCGCGAAGAACAAGAAGUUGAGGAGUGAAACAUGGAGGGCCCUGGAGGAUCUGAAGAUGGCGGGGAAGGUCAAACACAUCGGGGUGUCAAACUAUGUCAGGAGACACAUGAAAGAACUGUUAGCAAGUUGUCGAAUCAAGCCGGAUGUGGUACAGAUGGAGAUUCAUCCCUACUUUCAACAAAGGGAGUUAGUGAGUUUCUGCCAGCAGCAAGGCAUACAAGUACAUGCCUCGUCUCCCCUCGCUCAUGGUGACCGACAACUCCUGCAAGACCCCACGCUGCACAAGCUCUCAAGCAAAUACAAGAAGAGCGUCCCUCAGGUAAUCAUCCGUUGGCUUCUUCAGGAGAACAUCUUGCCAAUAGUCAAGUCCGAAUCAAGUGCAAGAUUGCAGGAGAACUUUCAAUCAACUGAUUUCAGAUUGACGGAGGAGGAGCUGCAAGAAAUCAGAAGCCUGGACAGAGACAAGAGGGUUGGUUUCGAUCCAAACUUGAUAGUGUAAUAACAUUCAAAUCUCAUUCAAUAUUGAUGGUACAUUCAAACCUCUCUUUG